AUGGUGUUACAAUACAGAAGGACGGCUCUCAACUCCAGCCUGGCAAAUAUUAUAUACAUUCUACUCGUACGUCUUUAUUCACAGCACCUUUCUCUAGCUAACCCACUAGUAGAUCCCCUGCAAAUCAAUAACGAAGUGCCGCUAUUCCGUGUUCAGUCUCAAGGUAGUGGAACUCGUAUCCCAGCAUUUGGAAAUGCCGUCCGUUUGCGAGACAAUCGAUGUAUUGUCACACAAGAAGAAGUCCCUUAUACUCCUGAUCCUAAUUGGUCCGGUUUUGAGGCAGCGCAUAUCUUCCCGUUGGCUCAUCAGACUCACUGGGUCAAUCAAAAUUAUGGCCGCUGGAUAACCGUCCCCUCAACUACAGGAGGUUCUAUCAACUCCGUACAAAAUGGACUACUGCUUCGCGCCGAUAUACACCAGCACUUCGACGGGUAUUUUUUCUCCAUAAACCCUGAUGAUAAUUACAAGAUUGUGGAUUUUGGGCGUAUUCUUAAGGGUAAUGCUGGAAGGCAUCUUGACCAAACAUUUCUCGAUAAUCCGCAAAGGCCACCAGACGAGCUUUUGCGGUGGCACUUCCGACAAGCCGUGCUUGUUAAUAUGAAGGGUGCUGGGGAGCCCGUGUUCGAGCACGAUUUUCCACCUGGCUCUGAUAUAGUUGGUAGUAUUCUCAGGGGCCCAAAGGCUGCUGAGAGGAUGGAGUUCGAGUUGUUCGAUCGUCUCGCUGUUCAAUUGGAUUUGGCCGAGUAG